UGGCAGCAUAGCACACAGGUCAGCCUGAACGCUUCAACCACCCGAGUCCGCAUCAUCAUGCAGUUUACUGGUUCCAUGUUCUGAACCAGUGGCUCUGAGACUCUGAGGCUCUGAGACAAUGAGUCUGUUACUCAGGCCGGAACAAUGGUUUCUGCUCGUCCCGGGUUUUGUCACUUCGAGGAUCUCGAGCACCGCAAAAGGUUUCUUCAUUGAGCUUCGAAUGCUGGACGUGCUGAAUGUUCCCCGCUUGCUGCACAGUAGCUGUCCGGUAAGAAGCUAGAGCAACGGUUAGAGACGACUGAUACGGAUUCCCGGUGCCACGUCCAGCUGGCUCCAUUGAGGAGUACAUAUUGCUUGCAGGAGCCAUCAUGGCUGACGCUGGUAUCAGCGCCCACAAAGAACAAGAGCCGGAGGCGGCGAAGUCGCCACCUGUCCAAACCCCAGAGCAGCCGCACCCGGCUAGUGGGCAGCGAUUCUUGUGCGCGAUUGACGGUUCUGAAGGUUCCAAGGCUGCUUUCAAGUUUCUUCUUGAGAAGAUGGUUGUUGCGGAGCGGGGAGAUAGCAUCGUCCUAUUUGAGGCGUGCAAGCAGCUCAGCCGUGAGCCCAUGGAACCGGAAUCCCGAUUCUAUCCUGACCUCAUUUUCAUCAACGACCUGCAACGCAAGAUGGUCCAGGAAGAGGAGGAACGCCGAAGCCGCCAGCAGCUGCAAAAAUUGGGAGAGCUGGCGAGUGCAAUCAAUGUGCCCUGCGAAGUUGUGGUUGCUACGGGCGACCCGCGUGAGGUUAUCCCCAAGUUCAUCUCGGAGCACCCGGUGGAGAUUGUGGCAGUUGGCAGUCGCGGAUUGGGCCCGAUGCAAAGGCUGUUUCUCGGCAGCGUGAGCAGCCAUUUGGUGCACCAUCUCAGCGUGCCGGUACUGGUGGUCUCCCCUCCGCGUGCGAAGCCGUGAUUCUGGUCUGGCGGGGGAGCUUAGCCCGACGAGUCACGUGUGAAUUACAAAGGAGCCCUUGGUUGAAUAAGUGUUGUCAGGAAAGGGGGGUCCCAAGUUUCGAGAUGACUUCACAUUGGAAGGCAAUGACGGCUAGGACGACCUCAAGCCUGCGAGCCAUGUUUGAAAUACAAACAUAGCUGCGGCCUAGGCGAAAGGCUGAUGUACAUAGAUUGGUCUGCCUGUCUCGGUGUUUUUGAUGUCAGAAUAGAACAGGUGGCUUCAAAUCGUGUCAAGUGAAGAGGAGUGAGUCCUAUAAAUCCUGUCUGGCGAUCUACGUAACUAAAAUCAAUAAGAUCAGUCGCGUUUUUCAUGGAUUUCUCCUUGAAUUUUAGCCCGAGGUUCAGUU